UAUUUUACCAAGUCAUGUAUGAAUAUGAAUAAUAAUAACAACACAUUUUUACAUGUUUAUAGCGCCUAUUAUCAGUGUUUUUAAGAUAUGUAAAUCAUUACAAUGUACAAUCUGUAAAUGGCAACAGAAUAUACAUCACACUGGAUGAAACAAAUGUUAUGAUCGUUACUUUUAUUUUGCCACGAAACCCUGCCCAGUCCUGUGUAUUAGAAAACACCUUACAAUUACUACAAAUGGCUAAAGCAACUGUCAGACAAGCUUUAUAAAUGUGCUUUACUAUGAGUGCUGACACCUCUCACAGACAUGAAAUCAGAGCAUUGGUUGCUGAGGGCUUUCUCUGGGGAGCUCAGACUGUAAUGAUAUGACUGACAGCUCAAUCAGAUAUUUUCCAGCCCAUUAACCAGACUCUGGAUAAAUAUGUGAUCAGGGCCGCACAAACAUACAAUAUGCUGGCUUUAACCUGUCUUUCCUUUCAGUGUCAGAUGUGCAUCAGAUGAGACUUCGGUUGCCUGUUAUCUGAGCCGUAUAAAACUUUACAGUUGUUGUGAUGAUCAAAACACAUCUGCAGAAAGCGCCUCUUUUAUAAUCACUUCAGUUCAGCAGAAGUUCUGCACUCUCAACAAGAUCCUUCCAAGCAAUGAUGCUGUCCACACGGAAGAAAAUGAGGUCCAAAGAUAACACAGUGGACGGUGUGGUUAAUGAAGUUCUGGUUGUCACGCAAACUUCACAUGAUGCCAAAGAAGAAGAGGAGGGACAAAUGCUGGAGACAGAAAAGACUACCAAACACGUGGAUGAUGAAGAGAAAACCGGGCCUAAUAAGGAAGAUAAAUCAGCACAGAAUGAUGAGCAAAUGUUUGGGCUCAGAGAUCUGUCCAGAGACAACCUCCUGAAACUGCUUGGGAUCAUGGAAGGAGAGAUCCAGGCACGAGAAGAUGUGAUCCAUCUACUGAGGUCUGCGCUGCUGAGUCAACCAGAGGAGCUGGAGUCCCGUUAUGGCUUAUCGGGGCCGACCCGAGCCCUGCAAGCCCUGCAGAGAGACCGAACGCUCAGCAGCAACCAUGCAAAACAUGAAAAUGUGUAUGAUAAGCCAAUGGCAGAGCUGGACAGAUUGCGGGAUAAGCACAAGGACUCAUAUCGCCGUAUGCUGGAACAGCUCUUGCUGGCUGAGAAAAGCCACCGGCGCACUGUCUAUGAGCUGGACACUGAGAAACGCAAACACGUGGACUACAUGAACAAGAGCGAUGACUUCACCAACCUCCUGGAGCAGGAACGAGAGAGGUUAAAGCGGUUGCUGAAACAAGAAAAAGCAUACCAAAUUAGGAAGGAAAAAGAAUUUUCUAAACGUAUGCAAAGAACAUCUGGAGAGCUGGUUAAGCUGAAGUCAUUUGCACUCAUGAUGGUUGAUGAGCGAGAACUUCACUUGGAGAAAAUCGACAAACAGAGCCACAAAAUACAAGAUCUUCUUCAGAAACUCGAGGAAAAGGAGAAAAAACUACAUGAGACAGAGAGAAAAGCAAAGGAAGACAACCAGAGAAUCCUUGAUCUUGAGGUUGAGCUGGAGCUAAGAACUUCUAAGUUUGCAAAAGAGCAAGAGGAGAUGUCUGCAAAACUGUCCAGCCACGAAUCUCAACAUCAGCAGCUGUCCCAGAAACAGAUGGAAUUGUUACACAAACUCAAGCAGCUUGAAGAGACCAACGAAGCUCUUCAGAAAUCAGCAGAGGAGCUCCAGGCUUUAAAGGACAAGAUCAGAAAGGGCGAAUGUGGCAACUCAAAUCUGAUGGCAGAACUUGAGACUUUGCGCAAAAGAAUUCUGGAAAUAGAGGGUAAAGAUGAAGAGAUCACCAAAACUGAGAACAAAUGCAAUGAGUUGAAGAAGAUGCUUCUGGUUGAGGAGACUCAGAAUAAGGAACUGAGGCUAGAGGUGGAAAAACUGCAACAGAGAAUGACACAGUUAGAGACACUAGAGAUGACCUUCAACAUGGGCAGGACAGAAUGUGCCCAGUUGCAAACAGCUUUGGAAAAGGAGAAAAGCUUGACUAAAGACUUAACAGACGAACUUGUGAGCGUUAAAAUCCGUAUGAAGGAGCUCGAAUCGUCUGAGCUGAAACUGGAAAAGGAUGAAUUAGAUUUAAAAGAGGAUCUUUUGAAACUCAAAUCAGUUACUGUAAUAAUGGUUAAUGAGCACAAGAACAUGACAGACAGAAUUAGGUCUGAGGAAAAGAAGAGAGAUGAACUGAACCAACUCUACAAGGCAGAGCAGGAGAAAGUCACGGAGGUUACUGAGAGGUUAAUAGAAGAGAGCAAGAAGCGUCUUAAACUAAAGUCAGAGAUGGAGUUGAAGGUAGCUGCUCUUGUAAAGGAGAGAGAUGAAAUAAAGCUAAAGCUUACUAAAGCAGAAGAACAAUGCGAAGAUCUGAGCUCCAAGCAUGGUAUAAUGAAGCAAAGUACCAUGAACAAAGAAGAAAGGGAGUCUUUUCAGAAGGCGAUGGAGCCGCAGAGUGUCUCAAAUGCACAUGGAAAAGAUGAGAAUAAAAUAAAGGUGUUGACUUUGGAGACUGAAAGACUUAAGAACCGUCUUCAACAGCUGGAAGCCAUUGAGCGAGACCUGAUCAAACCAGAGUAUGAUUUGUUAGCAACUGAGAAAGAAACGGCACGUUCUCUCUCACAGCAGGGACAAGAAAUAAGUCAAACUGAAUCGAUUAAGGUAAUAGAGCAAGGUGAGGUGGGCUGCCAAGAAACUGAACUGAGACAUCGGUUCAUGAGGGAGGAGGCCAAAACCAGAGACCUUCAAGCAGAUGUGCAAGCCCUGAAGGAGAAGAUUCACGAGCUCAUGAACAAAGAAGACGAGCUAUCCCAGCUACAGGUGGAUUACUCUGUUCUGCACCAGAGGUUUCUAGAGGAGGAAGACAAGAAAAAGAGCAUAAGCACUGAAGUUCUAAACCUUACCAAAGAACUUGAGGUCACUAGGCGCUACAGCCGCACUUUACGGCACAGCACCAAAGGAAGCCGGAUGAUGGAUGUUCCAGUGACGUCAACUGGAGUACAAACCGAUUCAGUUCAGAAUAGGACAGCUGACAGUGACACACCUGCUGCGUUUAUCAAGAAGUCCGUCCAAGAGGAGAACCGGAUCAUGAGUAGUCUUCAGCAGAGGAGCUUAAAGAAGCCAGCGCAGAGACCAACAGUACGUGAACUUUACCCUCCAACAGUCAGUGACUAUACUACGAAGAAGUCCUGGAUUCCUUGGAUGAGGAAAAAAGACAGCAGCACUUCUGAAGUAUCUUUGGACACCAGUGGAGAGGCUGCAUCUUCUGAAGUCAGCAUGUCCCAAAAGUAUGACCAUCCAUUGAAUGCUCAGGUGAUCCCAGAUAUGCAGAACACUGAGGCAACCUUACAGAAUUGCGUUGGCCUUUCUGAGGACUUGACCAAACAAGCUUCUGCCAGACUAUCACAAGAAACUCAGAGCUCCCAGACAGCCAUCCUUCCUACAAAUGAACGAACCAAAGAGCCAAAGAAUCCAGAAAGAGUUAGAUUGCCAAUGACCUUUGCCUCCAUCUCUAAAGUAAAGAAUGCAGAGAUCAUGAGGUCUCCCUCUAUGGACAAAUCAUUAUCUCCUGUAUCCACUGCAUCCAUUAGCAGCUCCCAAGAGUCUGUGGACAUGAUAACAGGUAGAGCUGUAUUUAAAGAGACUCCCGAAAAACGAAUGGUCCCCACACCUAUCAAGAAGUUUACCACAGAAGACAGUAAGAUCCACAUUCACUCAGGAUCACAGUUCAAGAAGACCACUGAUCAUGGCUCAGUCGUCAUGGCCAAAUCUAUUCAACUAUCAUCUGAGUGUAAUGAAGUUUCUACUGGAACUGUGCUACGCUCACCACACAGUGUGAAUGCCAGCAAAUCAACAUGUAGCAAAGCGAUGAGCAGCAUCACCAUCACACAGGUCACUAAAGCACCAGCCAGACCUACACUCUCAGUGCCCAUCACUGAUGUCCCAUCAACACGAUCAGGGUUCAGUCGUAUCCCAAUGUCUCGGGGGAUGAAAACUGGAAAAGCCGUGCUUGGAGCUUUGGGAAUCACCACAGGAGUUAAAAUGGAAACAAAUCCAGAGAAUCAAGCCAUGCACACUGACCUGAAAAAAACAGCUGUCGUUAAUGGAGAAGGGCUGAGAGCAUUGAACAAAUAAUAUACAAGUCUACAUUUACUAUGUCUUGUAUGUAUGAUUGACACUUUCUGCAACUGUUGUGUUGCAGAGAUGCAAGGGAAAACAGAUUUUUCUUGGGAAAGAACUAGGGAAAGGGAGUUGGGAUUUGGCAACAUUGCGUUUACUGUAGCACAAAUGCUGCAGUAAUAAUGCAUUUUUGUAGGACAUCCCUUAAGUUAGCAUCACCCUGAUAUUUAGAAUAGUUUGCAAAAGCACAAACACAAUGAGUCUGUGAAAGCGACUAGUGAGUAGAUAAGAGUAUAGAGGUGUGGUGAUGUUUGAUGUCCAAAUAACCCAAAAACCCUCUUAAGUCCCAUUUGGACACUCGUUAGCAACUGUCUUUUUCAACAGGUGCAAAAUGUGACAAUAUGUUGAAUUGGAGCAUGGAGGUCAUGUAACAGAUCUCUUUAGGGUUUAUAGACUUAUUUGGUUGCAACAGAUGCAUUUGAAGAAUAUUUAUCCAGUAAAAAAACUGCAUAUCAAAUUAAAUAAAAUGGUUUAUAUCAAUGAUCAUUUUUAUUUAUAAAGAAUGUCUGCAAAAUGAUGUAUUUUAAUAACAUUGUUCAUGAUGUUUAAUGGUGUAUAAUUUUACCAUUUUCUGGAAUGUACAUAUCAGACCAAGCAUUUUCUGUGUGUAACUACUGACUGUCAUUGUGAACUGAAAUGCAUUGAUUAGAGCCUCACCAAUGAGUAUGAUCUGUAAUGGAUUUUUAUUACCAGUUUGUAACUAAAAAUGUUUUGCUUUCAGAUGAGUCUUUUCUUUUCACUUCUUACACACACACACACACACACACACACACACACACACACACACACACACACACACAUACAUACAUAUAACUUAAAAACAGACGAUCAGCUUUUAAUGUGCACUUGCAGACAUUUAAAACAAAAAAAUAUAUAUAAAAACAAAAACGCUGUAGUUCGGAGAGGUCUAAGUGUGAAUACUACUGAAGUUUGAGGUCCAUAAAUUGUAAGCAACCAUAUACACAAAUCAUGCUGAUUUUUGUUGUUUCAAAUCAUGUAAACAAGUCCAUGAAGCUUAAAAUCAGAUGUUACCAUCAUUCCCUUAAGCCUAAGGCUGCAAAAGUGUAUGACUUAUGUAUGACUUUAAAGAAAUUCCCAUUUACAGAAUUAUAUUACUAAGCAGCACAAAAGCAAGCAGAGGCUCCAUUUAAAGUACUACAAUAGUUAUAUGGUAUCAGAUGGUAAUGGUACUGAAUUACACGUGAUAUUUGUGUGGAUAUUUUGU